AUGACGUUGAACGGAGGAGAAAGCACCAUGAGAGGGAAAUACUUUCUCCUCGGCUUCUUGUUGCUCAAACUUAUGGCUCUUGUGUGCAAGGCUGACGGGGAGCCGGGACUGCUCGGAGGAUUCGUAAUGAUCGCCACCUCCAACGGAUCCAGGGAGGAGGAGAGCGUGUCCGAGGAGACCCCGCACACGGAGGACAACUGUCGGGGUUACUACGACGUGAUGGGCCAGUGGGACCCGCCGUUCAUCUGCAAAACGGGCAAUUAUCUGUACUGCUGCGGCACCUGUGGCUUCCGCUUCUGCUGCUCCUACAAGCACUCGCGGCUGGACCAGAGCACCUGUAAAAAUUAUGACACCCCGGUGUGGCUGAAGACCGGACAGACUCCCAAAAAAAUGAACAAGAUCCACGACAGCACCAAAGACAAGACGAAUUUAAUUGUUUACAUCAUAUGUGGAGUAGUGGCCAUUAUGGCUCUUGUGGGGAUUUUCACCAAAUUGGGGCUCGAAAAGGCGCACCGGCCUCAAAGAGAGAACAUGUCCAGGGCCGUGGCCAGUGUGCUGCAGGGCGGCUGUCCAGGUGAGCAGUAUCGUGGGGAGGAGGCCCUAGGGAUGCAUUCACAGCACUUUGUUUCCAGGGCCACAAACCUCCAGGGCGGUCAGAUGAACAACAGCGUGGGGCCGGGCUCCAACAUGGGCCAGCAGCACCCUUACCCCGCCCUCAGCCAGCUGGCUCAUCAACAGCAACAGCAACAGCAAAACAAGGAUCUCAACAAGUACGCCUCCCUGAAGGCUGUGGCUGCCAAGUACAACGGUGAAGUCUACAACAAGCGUCGGCUGAUGGUGGAGCUGCCAACAAAGGGCGGGCUGCCUCUCCAGCCCAUGGGCAACUCCAGACCUGAGCCGGUGGCCACCUAUAUCACCGAAAUGCCCAGCAUCUCUUCUCUGAAUGGCCAGAAACCCAAAGGCAGCCAUGCUACAAUGGGCCGCCCAAUGGCCUACAGCUCCAACACAAUCGCGGCUGGGCAUACGAUGGGGCUGGGGCUGAAGGCCUGGGAUGGGACUGAGACGGUGGGCCGGAGGAAGACCUACGGGCACAAGAAGCCUCAGUGUACUGUGCUGGAGCCCAACCAGCUUCACAGCACCAGAGUCCACAGCCACAGCCAACACUUCCUCCCCACACAGCCCUACUUUGUGACCAACAGCAAGACAGAGGUGACUGUGUGA